AUGGAUCAUCAAACGCAAGUCGUCCAGCAACUGGAGGAUCUCAAAAGUUUUUACACCCGAGAUUGGCCCAAAUAUUGCAAGGAGUACUACUGCCUGGAUAAUUUUCUGGAUCUCCAUAAAUGGGACCGCCAACUGAAGGAUGUAAAAGUUUACGCUCUUCCCAAUCUAGAACACGGAUUAUUUGUGAUUGUGGAUCGGUAUCAAAUUUUUGUCGGUUUUUUGGAAGCUGAAAGAUCCGAAAGUGCUCUGAAGGAAUCCUUAUUGAAAAUAGACUUUUUGGGCGGCGAACAAUUUGCUUCUAUGCCAAAAAGAUAUUUCACUGUUGCAAACGAUAUUAUUCAGAAGAAAAAUCUUACACUAGAACUCGAUAGUAUGACCUAUUCUAUGGUGUUAAGCAAAGAAGAGGCACUGUACUUUCAAGUGGAACCAACAGUUGGAUUUUCCCUAAAAUCUGUAAGUCUAGAGGACGCUCAAGUGAUUGAUGACCAUUGGGAAUGGAGUGAACACGGCAGUCUUUCUUAUAUCCAACGCCAAAUUUGCUAUAAUACCAGUGUGGGCUUGUAUAAAGACGAUGACAAUGAACUCGUUGCCUGGUGUAUAAGGGCUCAGGAUGGUUUAUUGGCAGCCCUCCAAGUCAAACCCUCCUACAAACGUCGAGGUUUUGGCGUUAUGAUUGUAAAAGAAUACUCUAGACGAGAGGCUGAGCAAGGACGUGACAUAAUCACCGAAGUUGUUCCAGAAAAUAAGGCAUCGCUAAACCUAUUCAAAAAAUUAGGCUUUAGGAUGAACGAUCAGUGUCAUUGGCUGAUCACGGAAGCCCCAAAUGGGGAUCUUUUAUAAUACUUUUAUCUGCAAAUAUUUGCUAUGAUGGAUUAUUAUAAUAACGUUUUAUCGUCUGGGGGAAGAAGGCAUAGGCUAGUCUUAAGAGAAACUGUUUAAGAGAUUUCUGUAAGGAGAAAUAUAGAAGCUGCUUGACAAGCGAGUGAUUUAAUCAACCAA